GCUGCUGCAUAUUCUCCCGAAAAGGAGAACCAUUUGUUUUACCGAAUCCUAAGUGAACGGCGGACCGACCGCCCAUCGAGUACGGGAUAAGGUUCCCGGGAUAACAUCAUGGAUCAAUCACCGGCAACGCGGCGGCUAACGCGUGACGAAUCCGAGGAUAGUCCGGUCGAGUUUGUGGUGGUGGAUUCCGAUGUGUCAAUGUCCGAUGCAGGUCUCAGCUCACCGGAGAAGAAGCCGAAGAAGAAGCGCAGUGGCCUAUCGUUCAAGAAGCUGCGCACCAACGCGCAAAAGCUUAUCCCGAAGCGAGGUCGUAAGGAGUCGUCAGUAAAAUCGUCCGAGACCAGUUCGCUCGGGGGUGAUUCGGGGAUGGUGAGUGGUGGAACGGAUGAGCUACUUCCGGCAACCCCAUCUCCACCUCCACCCGCUUCACCAACGGCUACGAAAACGAUCAUCGAUACCGUACUAAAGUCAACCGAAAGCCUUCCGGCAAUCAAGGAGGAUCCGAUACGAGAAGCAGCAAUGCUAGGUACACGCUCGGACGAGGAUAUGCUAUUGGAAGGAAAGGACAAACAGCGACAGAAAAAAGCGCGCAAGCCUAGUCGGGCGGCUAGCUUCAUGAAGAAACUUGCCGGACGUUCAAAGUCCUCAAAAGUAACACCAAACCCAACGCCUGCGACCGGAGGUGCUUCGGAUGGCGAUGAGCUUUCGUCCGGGACCCUUGAGACUCCGCUAAGCAUCAAACGCCAAACACCAGAAGGUGCCAUGUUUGUCUCGGACACUGAACUGUACCAAGAUGGCGACAGGGACGACGGUACCCCAGUGGAUCCACCGUCGCCAGUGUUGGUGCGGCAGCUUGAUUCCGAACCGACAACACUACGGGCCAAACGGACCGAAAUGAAAAUCACGCUCACACGCAACUCAACUAAACCUUCGACGAUGGAAACCUCGCUGGAUGGUGAAGAUGUCGAUGUGAACGGAAUUCGGAGCAACGGUGGAGACCAGAGCAAUGGUCUGAACGUUACUCGGAACGAUGUGGCUGAGAACAGGGAGCUUGGUUUCGACUCUAAACCAAUUAGUUCAGACAGCGGCACUGUUCCGUCACCGAGGGCAUCAAUCGGGAUUGAGCAAUCGCCGCAGUUGAUCGCCGCCGUUCGUACGCAACAGUCAUCGUCAUCCUCGUCAUCCGUUGAUGCACGUUUGUCCAGUCUGCUGAGUGGGGACUACAUCGCGGAGAUUAAUAAGUUUUCCAUCGAGAACAUUACGAGCGCUGGCGCAGGAGCAGGUACAGGAGGAGGAGGAGGAGGAGCAGAAGUCCCACCCUUGCCACAGCCGCGCGCAUCUUUGUCGAUUCGCGAGAGGUUCUUCCAGCAACCGCUAGUGACGGUGACGGGUGACAGUGAGCUAGUCACAAACUUUGAUUCGCAGGAAGUCGCACCACCGUCGUCGGUUGUUGGCGACGAAGAAAUAGACGGUUUUAUGAGGAAAGCGAAAGCAGCGAGUUCGGCCACAGGAUCCGGAGGAACAGCGCGAUCGAAAGGAGGCAGCAAGAGUCCUGCAACCGUUGACAAACCGGCAGCAGGCGUUUCUAGCGGACAAGACUUGUCGCCGUCGUCGUCAUCGUCGUCGACGUCGGCAAGUAAAGCAGCUUCUACGGUACGUACGCAGGAAGCGGCUAAACCAUAUCAACUGGGCAACAGCUUAAAGAAUCCCAACAAUUCUGGAUUUAAAUCAAUCGAACAGCAACUACAGCAACCAGACCAACAACUACAACAACAACAACAACAGGAAUCUGUACCCGUGAACAUUGGCGUGGACAAUAAAGGAGACAGGGAGAAGCAAGGAGAGGAACAGAAGAGCGACACCAUACCAACCGAACCGACAAUAGUUUUCGAUAUCGGAACACAGGUACGCCCGGACAGAACCUCCUCUAUCGUUAAGCCUGCUGGUGGUCGCGCGGUGGCCGCAACGCUUGCGGUUCCAUCCGUGGCACUCGAAAGCGGUGCCCAGUCGGGAUCAUUUGCCUCGAUCGGUAGCACUUCUCGCUCGCUUGACGAACUGAUCGGCGUUGGUGGUUCGUACGACGACAGUAGUCAGAACAACACUAGCGAGGGUUCGCUACGACGCAUUGCGUACGUCGAGCAGCCGACUUUCUACACGCCCGAAGAGGAAGAGCUGCUGACAGGCAAGCCGCCGCGCUCCUCCUCCUCCCUGCUGUCAAGCGCACUCGAGUCCGGCGAGUAUUCGCUCGAGUCGGCGGAUUUUCUAGAGCGCAAUAUGUCUCCGCACGGAGAUCUGCUACUCGAGAAGGGGGCCUCCGACCAAUCGGCAACCAUGGCGACUGGACAGACCGAGAAGCGUGAGCAUCUUUACAAAAUUCUUGUCAUUGGCGAACUCGGUACUGGCAAGACGUCCUUCAUCAAGCGAUAUGUGCAUCAAUUCUUCAGCCAAAACUAUCGCGCAACUAUCGGAGUAGAUUUUGCGCUGAAAGUGCUGAACUGGGACCAGAACACAAUCAUCCGUCUUCAGUUAUGGGAUAUUGCGGGGCAAGAACGGUUCGGGAACAUGACCCGGGUGUACUACAAAGAAGCAGUUGGUGCAUUCAUUGUUUUCGACGUAACUCGCAGUGCCACAUUCGACGCGGUAAUCAAGUGGAAAAAUGAUCUUGACUCCAAAGUGCAACUUCCCGAUGGAAAACCUAUUCCGUGUAUACUCUUAGCCAACAAGAGUGACCAACAAAAGCAGGGAAUUGUGACGACACCCGCCAAACUGGACGAGUAUGUCAAGGAGCACGGUUUCGCGGGAUGGUUCGAAACAUCGGCAAAAGAAAACGUUAACAUUGAAGAAGCGGCCAAAUCGUUAGUUAAUAAGAUUUUAAUGAAUGACAAACUACUGAACACGGGUGAGGUCAUCGAUUCCGAACGGUUCGGCCUGGUCGGAGGAAAGGCAGAAACGAGCCAGAAAAAGUCCUGUUCUUGCUGACCAAACCAUAGUCCAAGCAGAACACGCCCCAACACACCUACACACCAGCGACCGUAUUUGUUUAUAUCGGUGUGUUGGAGCGUGUGCUUUGUGUGUGUGUAUGUGUGACCAUUUUGCUGUUACAUCGUCGCUUAUGAUUUGCUUACGUUUGAUUAUUUGUUUGUUUGUUUGUUUGAUUAACUUUUAAUUGUUUUUAUCAUGUUUGACUUUCCCUGUCUUUCCCU